CGGCGUUUAUUUUGAACGAGGGAAGCUGCUUACGAUACGUGUGGACAACACAGGCCGUUGCAUCGAAACGUCAGUUGCGGUUAACGCGUCACGAAUAACGUUCUCGUUAUCCGAUCGUUUAACGCGCGAACCGUGCGAUAUUCGAGUAUAACAGGUGUACUAGCGUGAGUUCAUUGUCAUUGAAUACGAUUCGUUCUUUUGAAUUUGAUCGGGAAACAGACUGUUACUGUCACGCGUAUGCGCGUGUGCGGUGCAUGGUUUUGUUUUUUCAUUCGACGGUAAUAAUUAAAUCGAAAUUUAUUCGGUGUUGUAAAACGGCAAACGGCAUACGCGUACACGUAAGUAGACGAUGAAGGUACGCGUAUUUACGGUGAAAGUACGUAAGGUGCAACGAGGAUCGUGAUGGCGCGGCGCAUCGUGUCGUUUAGAAGUGCGCCCACGUUCGUCGGCCGAGAUCGAUAAACGGUAGUGUUACGAGAAACAAGCAAUCGCUUGCGCACAGCGAACACGGUACUCUGUAUCGAGACAAAAGGCAACAAAAAGAAAGAAGAAAAAAGAAUAUAGCGACAGUGGGAACGAGAACGGUAGCGCAACGCGACGAUAGAGCGUUGAAACGAAAACGGCGGCAGUGGCGACAGUGUUAUACGGUAUAUUAACGUAACCGUGACGAGUUUCGUCGGCUGUCGGUGUCCGGUGACGGUGUCAGUGUCGGUGUCGGUGUCGGUUCGAUGUUGGUGUUGGUGUCGGUGGCGGUGGCGGUGAUUAACGGUGAUAACAUUUCGAGCUGUCACUGUCGCGAACGUUUAACGCGCGACUCGCUGUCCGCGAGAAAGUAGAAGAGCCUCGCGAGUACGGAGCGACGCUUUUGUAUACGCUGUUCGUUAGCGUCGCUAGAGUUUCGUCGAAUCCUCGUUGAUCCCUCGAUUCGCACGCUUUCCCUUCUGUCGCAUCUUUCGGGGCGUUCCAUUCGGUGAAAUUACAUCGGCUUACGUUCUCUUUCCCAUCGUUCGCGUCGACGUUAAACCGUGUCGAGCGACGUUCAUCCGACACGUACGAAUACACCUAUUCCGAUCACUGCUCGUUGGAAUGCAACCGUACAAAGUCGAAGAUAGCGGUAUCCUGCUAUUAGAUCGUUUUCCGCGUAAUGUGCCAUCGAAUUAAUGCGGAUUAAACGAUCGUCGAGAAACAUGGUGUGCCCGCUCGACGACACGAUCACUUAACAGGAUCGUCUGAUCGAUCAUACGACUGAUCGAUUUGAGAAACGACGUAUUCGAACGUUGGUACGCAUCGAACGGCAAUCGCGUUCCUCUCAGCGAAAAUGAAACUGCUCCGAGAAAGAGGAAAGACGUCGGAGACAGCGAGAACGAGAGAACGAGAGAACGGUAACGGCACGCGGUGAAAUGCGCAUACCAUCUAACGUAACGAAACGUGACGAAACGUAACACGAGGAUCGUAAAUUAAAAGGGUAGAGACAAGGGAAGAAGAGAAAGGGAAGCGUCCGGUGGCUAAGGGAGAAAGACGGAAGGGUAGACGCGACAGAAGAGAGAAGCCCCGAUAAUGAAGGAGCACGGAAGCAAACUUCCGGCGGAGCAGCCUGCAAAGAUCCUCAAGUCGUUGUUGAAAAAGCCGGGUCAGUCGAAGAACAGGUCGCACAAGAAUAGAGUGGUGAUAAACGAGAAAUUGAACGAAUUCUUCGCGGCUGAUUAUAUAAUACUGAUAAAGGAAGAAUGCUGUGCCGACGACUACGAAGAAGACUGCGACUGCUGUUGUCAGGAACACGAGUUGAUACGAUUGGGAAACUGCAAGGAAUGCCGAGCCGAAUUGAACUUGCACUUCGGUGUCGCGGACAACGGUCGAUACCACGAUGUCGAAAGGGACGAAGAAAUCAUACGAGAGAACGCGGUGCGAACGGAGCAGAUCUGCGUUGGUGAACCGUACGGCUACGUGCACUUGCAAACCGAGGAUCACGAAGAGUACGAGGUAGAAACGGAAAGCGACGAAGAUGGAAUCGAAGACGUGGAAGAAGCGGCUAUUGUAUCCGACAGAUUCGGAGAUGACGAGAAAGCGGAGACGUACCAGCCGACGGAGGACCGCGUGGACGAACAAGAGAAAGCGAACGAGAAGAAACGGAAAGAUAAACAAUCCCCGAGAGCAGCGGAGGAAGCAGGGAACGCGACCAAACCGAAAGGUAGAAAGAAACGCGAAAGAGUGGACGAUGGGUCGAACGAAAGCGGAUACCGAAAACAAAUCGCCGAAAUAGAUGUUUGCGAGACCGAUAUGCCUGUUUCGACGGGGUCUGCGACGACGUUGCUACCUUCGCCACCACAACCACCACCGCCGCCACCGCCGCCGCCGCUGCCACCUUCGCCACCACAACCACCACCGCCGCCACCGCCGCCGCCGCUGCCACCGGCACCACCGCCACCACCGGCAUCGACACCAACGUCUGCACCGGCACCAACGAUAGCGUCGCCAACACCUGCACCUGCACCAGCACCGGCACCGGCACCAGCACCAGCACCACCACCAGCACCGGCACCAGCACCGGCUCCAGCACCAGCACUAGCACCGGCACCACCUCCGUUAGAUAGGCCAUCGUCACCGCUUGCACGACAGGAGCAUCAGCAGGAAACACUGAGUCCACCGGAAGGUUAUAAAGAUGUUUACUCGAAUGAAAAGCUGUCGAACGUAGCAGAAUGUUGCUUACAGUCGUCGCUAGAUUACCUUCAUUGUCAAGGAACCGUAGAUGCAAAAGAUGGAGAGCCAAGUUGUUUUACCUUCGACCAAGAAACGACGAAAAAUCAUGACGAAAACGAAGUACAAAGAACGAACGAGCAACAGUUGCAACGUACGGCAACAUCUACAGAGUCGCGACAUCGAUAUCUGGUGGAAACGAUAACCAUGACGACUGUCACCGAGCGACGUAUCGUACGCGAGAUCAGCGAAGAAGAGGAAAAAGAACGCGUAGUCCACGUUGGUCAAGACGUCGAUUCGCUGGACGAAAGAAAGACGGAUCGAGCGAGUGUCACAGAAAGAAAUUUCAUUUCCGUUGGUAAAGCGACGACGAUCGACCGGGCGAUCACGGCUACAGGCGACGACGACGCGACGAACGACGACGACUCGAGCGAGUAUGUCGCGAACAACGCUCGACGACGAACCGCCGACCUUCGCGAUAUGCGACAUACGUUACCAAAAAAAUCCUCGUCGAUGAACGAUGUGGAGCAAGACCACGUCGCGCAACGCGAAACAUCGGAAGCGAAAGAGCUAUCUCUCGUGUUCAAACUAGGUCAUUCUACUUUAGCCGGUAACAAUAGUCUAAAACCAAAUUCUGCCGUUAGACAACUCUUUCCUAAUCCAAAAUUCGUUUCACCCCCACCGGCACCGCUGGCUAAAUUGAUCUCUUCGAGCAACUCCGCCGACGAUGCGGUAAAUGGUUCAGGACUUUUUCUUAACUCGGAGAGUCUACGUUUGUUCGACGGUACGAAAACUUCAGGGAUUUCCGACAGUCAAGACUAUUCAUCCAAUGACGAGUCGAAUCCGAUCAGAAGAACGAUCGAAAGAAACACGCUUCGGAGAAGCCUCCUCGAUAAAUAUCGUACCACUUCUCGCAAGAAAAGCUUACCGUCAAACAACUUAUCCCUGGAGGAACGGAUACGACAGCUUACCUGCGUAGAUCAAGAUGACGAAGAGUGUCAACGAUCGUCCGAUGUAGAGAGUACGAAUUCGACUAUGGACAGUAAAGUCGACGAUGAAUUGCUGGUUCGCGUUGCACCUUCGGGUCAGGAAGAUAAUAGGACGUUGACGAGACCGCUUACCGUUCGGAACGCUAGUACCGAAACAUCGGCACCGUCGUCGGUGUUGUCAGCAUCGGCGAUACGUGUCGCUACAAGAUUCGGUACGUUGUACGAUACAAUGACGACUGCGACAGCCGCGACAGCGACAACGACAACUUUCUUAACGUCAAAUUCAUCGUUGUCGACGUCGACGACACCGGCGGCCAUAGCGGUAGCGGCAACCACUGUUACCAAUUCCAAUUAUUACAAACACGUCUCUUCGGCCGGCGCCAGUACCGCUACGGAUCAUUUACACAAUCAAUCGACUUAUAAAAAACUGACUGAAUUAUUUGUACACAAGAAGAAUAUCCAGCCGAACAUGCCAGAUCUCGGUUUAGGGAACAGCGGGAAAAGCAAUAGCAGUGUUGGCAAAGAUUAUCAGCAAACGAAAAACACGAUCAAAGCGAAUAAUUCCGAUGUACGUAGACAGUUUUUAGCCAGCUUGGCACCGUUAUCUUGCGUGACUGUCAAUAGUACGGACACUCAAGAAGAUUACUACAGACAUAAUUCUAGAAUGGUGGUUACCGAAAAUCGCAGUUCAUCUACCGCGUACGACGCAGCAACGGCUGCAGAAUCGAUUUACGAUUUAAACGAUGUACAAACGAGUUUGCACCAAGACGAUGGUAAUUAUAAUAUAGGUCAGCCGGACGUUACCAAGGGUACACCGACGUUCUUCGAUAGACCCGAUAUAGGAGAUAAUACGACCGACGAAUUACUCGCUUUCGUCGAACAGGAUAGAUUUAGAACCGAAAGAAUAAAGCGUCGAUAUAACGAUGACCAAUAUCAGCUUUCGAUCAACGGUACGAGCAAUUAUGUUUCUGGCAACAAACUCGUCGAGAAGAGUAUCGACGGCAAGAACGAAGUCAUCGAUAACGGUCAUCGACAACGAGUCGGGCCUAUAUAUCGCGAAAAUAUCGCGCGCGACAACAACGGUAACAAGAAUACCGGUGAAUUACAACGCCUCUGCGUUGGUCGGUACAGCAACGGUAUAACUAUCGUCAGCAACGACGGCAAUGACGGACAUAACGACGACGAUGGUGACGAAGAAAACGACGAGGGCGACAACAACGAGGACAACGACAAGCGAAACGACAACGAUGACAAGGAUGGCGACGACGACGACGAUGAAUUAAACGACUAUGGAUUUAAUCGCAGACCAUCUGUAACGGGUAUCAAGCAACAACGAACAACGAACGGUAGCGGCGAAUCGUUCCAUCGGUCGACUUUGAGUAACGCUGGCAACGCGAACGUUUCUAGGACGAACUUUCAUCCGUCGGUUCCUACGUACUAUGAAAAUAACUGUAUUCGAAUCGACGGUCGCAUCGCGUUAUACGACGGAACGAUCGACGACUCUACUCCGAAUUCGUUCGUUGGCACUUUGCUUGCGAACGAGCGAGACGCCAGUACGAUUAAUAGAAUAAACACGAUGCAGAAACAGAUCGAUGACAUUUAUCAGACUAUCGUCGAGAAUACGAACGUUACUGCCCAAAAUUCGCACGAACGCGAAUCUUAUACGGACGAAGCGUUUGCGCGUCAGGCUCAUCUCCGAUUACCGAUCAACGAUCCUGCCUUCCGUAUUUAUCAGGAACAAAGAAACGGCCAACAAUAUUGUCAAGAACAGUUAAACACCGCGAAUGCUCGAACUUCUUUGCGAGGCAUCGCGGUGGGAGCGGAAGAGAUCGAUACCGUCGCCGGUGUCGCCGAUAACAGGGAUUACGCUAACACUCUUUCCGCAAAGCCGCGACGAAGAGAGCCUCUAGCAACGACGGCACCUUCCAAUUAUCAUUGUAACGCGAUGCCGACCGUGUAUACCGGACUUCCGGCUAAUACCAAAUGCUACCGUACCAUGUACUUUGUUCCGUACAAUGGCUUAUCCGAUCCAACUUAUCAAAACAUCCAGCGGAUUUUACCGUCGCAUCCGUCUCCUAGUUAUACCAAUCAUAUCGAACGAUAUCCGUACCCUCGUUCGAACAAAAGCGAUCAAUUACAGGCGCAAACGCAAACGCAAACGCAAAUGCAGUCACCGUCUACACCGCCUACGCCGUCUACGUCGCAGCUAAGAUAUUAUCACGUAGGAAAUCGUUCGCUCUCUCCGAUAUCCAAUAUGACGCAAGGCAAUCUCGCAUCUCCGAUACCUUCCGGCUCACUCGGUCAUUCUAUGUCCUCCGAGUCCUUCUCGUCUUUCGAACCUCGAUCAACUCCGAUCUCCACCGCCAAUCCUCCCGUUACGUUGCAGCCUACGCAACAGACCUUCCAUCUUCAUUUGCACCAUCAUCAGCAACAACCGGAAGACCUUAGAAUCGCUUUCCAUCAUCACCAACAUCAACAUCAACAUCAGUAUCAACACCAGCAUCAACAUCAGUAUCAGCAUCAGCUUCAACAUCAACACCAGUAUCAACAACAGCUCCAAUUACAGCACCAACAUCAUCAGCAUCAUCGACAUCAUCAUCAGCCCAUGUUUUAUCGUUUACCAUCUACAAUGCCAGCCGUGUCCACGCAACCACCAUCUUCUUCGUCCUCCCCGUCGUCGUCCUCGUACGCCGUAAUCGCACCCACGAAAUGCGCGACGUUCGCCGGCAAUGGAGCGGCUCCGACAGAAAGUUCUUAUCGCUUCUAUCAAGUACAUUUGGGUCGUACAGUUCUCGCACCCCCGACGGACGCGUUACAAUCGGCUCAAACCUUUUUAUCUUCUUCUACCGCUUCGUGUUCUCCGCCGUUACCGUCCUCGGCAUCCUACUCGUCUUCAUUGUCGACAUCUUUCUCUUCUUUACCAACGAUAACCGUAACCGUAGCGCCUCAACAAACCUUGUCCACGUUCGUACUUCCGAAUCAUGUUUCCGAACCUGCUGUUCACGCCACGAAUUUCGAUACCGCUUUUCGUACCGGAUCUGGAAUCGUUCAAUCGAAUUCCAAUAACAUCGCCGUUUCCACCAUCGCCACCAUCACAGCUACCACUACUACCACCACCACCACUUCCGCUUCCUCCUCCUCCUCAUCUUCCACGUCAUCCUCGUCGUCGUCGGCUUCGUCCUCGUUAUCUUAUUCCUUCUCCUCCUCCUCUUCUUCCGCUUCCUCUUGCUCGUCCUCGUCUUCCUUGCAGAUCCCUUGCUCGCCCUCGAAAUUGCAACAGCAACAGCAGCAACAACUUAUGGGACCUUACACGGGAAUGGAACGUGGUGUUCCAGAAGGAGCAGCUAGCGUGUCCGGACAUGAUAUACCGCAAUCGGGGAUCUUACUCGCGUCUAAUACUUACGGCGGACAUAAUCCUAAUGGCGUAACGUUACCAACUCACGCGCAGAAUUCGGUAUAUUAUGCGAUGAACGUUUAAAUCUGUAAUACACCCCGGCGUAACGAGACGCUCCGUUAAUCGAUCGAUCGAAUGAUGAAAGAGCCACGUGUUCAUACUAAGUGCAUAGCGCGAAGAAACUGUCUGAAAUACGAAUAUCGAGGCAUGCCUCGGACUAUUCAUAUCGCCUGGACAAACGUGCAGAUCACUCGCGUGAUAUCAGAAAUAUUCGUGUAAGAAAAUAGGAAAACGAUCAUUUGCGUGUCAUGGUUAAAGAUCGAGUACCACCAGGUUUCGCUAAAAAUCGGCGAAAUCGAAUGCGAUGCUUAAAAAUUAACGACUCAGGGUCUCAAUGUAAUCUACGUGCAAAAUAAAUUUCGUUUUUUUUUCCGUUGUACGCUGUACACUGUCGCAGAAGACACAUGAACUUACGUUAUAAUCGAUUCUAGUCACGAUAAAAUACUUACGCUGUUCGUCAGAAAUAAACCAAAGAACGUUUGCGACGUUCCUCUGUAUAUGUAAGAGCAUAGCUGGCAGCAAUUAUUUUCAAUAGAUGGGAUUCAAUUUUUGCGGUGGAAUUGAUUAAGUAAUUAGGAAAAUUGUACAGUGAAAAAGGAUAGACGCAGUGAUACGCGAAUAAAAGUACACGCGACUCGAGCUAGCGUACAAUGUUAUGCAAAAAUCACCUUUUUUUAUUAUCAUGCGACGAAAAGAUAAGAAUUCAAAAAUGACUGUACUCGCUUAACUUUACGGAAUAUUUUUGAUAUCAGUUUUCCUGAUUUACAUUCGUACGUACGGUAAUACUGCUUACCGACUCUUUUGUGUCCCCUGAUCCCUCUACUUUAUUCGUAUCUUGAUCACGAAACAAACUUUAACGUUUAAGGAUCUUAUACGGCGUAUUGCCAACGCGAUACAACGUAGAAACCGAUGGAAAUGUUGAACAUACUGAUACGAUAAAUGAUAUGCGCUUGAUACUCAUUCCUUUAUUCCGUGUUCUUUG